CAUCUUCCCUUUGCCAUUCAAAAAGAAACACCACCCAAAUGGCUAAUAUCACUUCUACCAUUCUCAAAUCCACAAUUUGCAUCUUUUUGCUAGCAAUUUCUCUUCAAUGUUCCAAUGGGACCCGCAUCCUACUUGAUACGACAAACGAUAUAACACCUGUGGCCCCAUUACCAACUAGUCAACCUGAUACGAGUGAUCCAAUAGAUAAAACUGACACCCCUGUGGAAGAUCUACCACCAACGCUACCAAGUGGUCAGACUCCUACCACUGUUGCCCCUGCACCAGUGGUGGGUCUGACCACUCCAUUACCAACUACAACACCUAGUGUAGCGACACCUACAACCAAUGUGGCACCAGUGGUUACCCCUGUAGGUGUUACAUCGACACCUGGAGGUGCUACACCUACAGGAGGGGCAGGUGUUGUUGCUGCCGCAGGUGUUGCUGUUGCAGGUGGAGAACACCCGACUUUAAGUUUCUUUAUGCAUGACGUUCUAGGAGGGACUCAUGCGACAAGUAGGGUGGUUGCUGGAAUCGUAGCCAAUUCGGAUGCUAACGUUGUUCCUUUCUCUACCCCCAAUAGCCAAGUGUUCCCAAUUACCGGCGGUGUCCCCUUAAACAACAUUAACGGUAUAGUCAAUAACAACAACCUCCCAUUCCUAGCCGGUUUCAACGGUAACAACCCAAACAAUCCUAACGCCAACACCGUCCUCCAAAACACCGGGAACAACGACGUUGUAAACGGAGGAAACAACCUACCAUUCGUCGCAGCAGGCCAACUUCCCGCUGGCAUAACACUCCAACAACUCAUGUUUGGUUCAAUCACCGUCAUCGACAAUGAAAUAACCGAAGGACACGAGCUAGGCACCGGUGUGCUUGGCCGAGGACAAGGUUUCUACCUUUCAAGCUCAUUAGACGGGAGCAGCCACACGUUCGCGCUAACAACUUUAUUUCACGGUAGUGACCACGAGGUGGAUGACACGAUUAGCUUUUUCGGGGUCCAUCGGACAGCUUCCGAGAUAUCGCAUAUCGCGAUUAUUGGUGGGACCGGGAAGUAUGAGGAGGCUAAAGGGUAUGCAACCAUUGAGAGUCUGCCUCAAGUGAAUGAUCACACAACUGAUGGUGUUGAGACCAUUGUCCAUGUUAAUGUGUACCUCACUACACCAUAGACACUUUCCUAUACGUUUGUGUUAUGUGAUUUUGUUUGUGCUUGUAGUACUUUCUUGUUUAUUGUUGUAACUUGGAGUGAUCUGUAAUCAAAUGUGUUAUUUGUCUAUUUUUAAAAUUUAGAAUUGGUUUCUUUUA